GCUGAAAUAAUGUCUGGAUCGUCUGGUUUGAUGGAUUGUAGCUCUCAACCGUGGCUGAAGCUGCUGUUCGGGUUUCUGCUUGUAUCUACCAACAUUGUCUGUCUGCAUGGAAAUCUUAUCACAGGUGUGGACCACGAUAUUCACUGUGUGAAUGAUUACCUGUUCACCAUCAACUGCUCCCUAAGAAUCGCAACAUCACCAAACUACUCAGGCAGCAACAGGUCCUACUGGCUCACAUUCGUAGAAACAUUUGAAAAAUACGAGUUUGACUGUAUGCUGACAAAGAUCAAUGAGGAUUACUUCUGCAGCCUAAAGAAAUCCCAACCAAUGCCUGAUGAUGCCUUAUAUCCUGGGAUCUUUAUGGAUGCAGAUAGUUUUAACAUUUCAGUUUGUCACAGCCAAAAUGAUGAGUCUAAAAUCUGUGAGCAGCUGGUUGUCGAAUAUGAGCCUGUGGAAAACAUUAAACCAAACGCACCAUCCAACCUCACAGUCAGCCACAACUCAAGUCAACACCACUUCACCUGGAAAAGUACCUAUAAGAAUUAUGAGACUUACACCGGUCUUGUUCGCAACCUCAAGUUCCAGCUCAAUUACUACAAAAGAGGAGACAAACAUAACAUGUUAUCGCCUGAAAUCAACACAGACUUUUUGUAUUAUUAUUUGGAUAAUCGGAUAUUUGAUCCACACACGGAGUACGCUGCAAGAGUAAGGUCCAGUCCUAAUCUGGCUUCAUACAAGGGACAGUGGAGUGACUGGUCCUCAGAGGUUUACUGGAAGACAGUGUCAGCUGUGAAGGUCCAUACAGAAUUCCCAUCAAACAUACUUGUUUCUGGACUGGGUAAGGUGUUCAUCCCCCUUUGUGUGGUGGUGCCAGUCUUCUUACUUCUCUGCUACGCUCCAGUAAAAAAGUGGAGGCAGAGUGCAUUCAUCCCAACUCCAGCACCCUAUUUCCAGACCCUGUACAGUGACUGCCAGGGUGAUUUCAAGAGCUGGGUGGUUACACAAGAAAACACAGCAGACAUGCUGAAGGCAGAGGAAACACUCCAAAUUGACAUCUUUACCAAGUGUGAAGUUGUCGAGGAGGAAGAAGAGAGUCAGCUCCAGUUUCACCACCAGUUCACGGAGGGCAGCAUAUACAGCAAUAUACCCGACCCGGGCUGCGACACUUCUCUCCUGGGCAUCCCGUACGCCGUGAGCACCAUGGCUCCGCCUUCACCUCCAGGGAGCUCUCACCAGAGUCUGGCCCUCAGCUCACAGCCGGGGAGCCCUGCUGAAGGAGACUCAGGGUGUUGGCUGGAGAAGGACUCUCCGUGGUACUGCAAUGAGUACUGCACCCUGAGCACCUUUCAGCAGAGCAGUCCAGUCAUAGAGCACCAUGGGAGCCGUUCAACUAAAUGCUGCCCAACAGGGAUCAUCAUAAGGGAGGCCAAUACUGAAGCAUAAGCUGAUGAGUUUGUGUAUAGUAACUGGACAGUAAAAGUCUGCAGCUGAAUUUCAAAUAAUGUUGUGCCCGAAGUUCAACUACACACAUUUACACCAUAAAUGUAAUGCUUAAAGCCAAACAUAUUUAGCGAAUUCUUAAUUUGUUUUUAGAUGCUUUGCUUUUAUAAGAUUAGUGUGAAUUUAUUUGUAAAAUGUUUCCACAGUAUUAUGCAUUAUGUAGAUAUUAAUUGUAUAACUUUUGCUUGAAUCAAAUGAAAAGAACUGUUAAAAGAUAGUUGUCAGACAAAAUUCAUUUUGACACUUUUGUAAAUGACUGAGUAGUUUUUUCUUUGUCUCUGGACCCUUAGUGGUCAAGUUGA